UGCGUGACGCGGCCACAUCGUAUCAACAGUGUGAACGUAAUAUCGAUAAUAGUUACCUGACGUCGAAAAAAGUCAGUAUUUAUAGCAUUAAUUAUUAAAGAUAGUACGCAACAAAGAAACAUUGAGAAAGGACUUAUCGUUAUAUACUGCGAUUAACUAUAAACAGAGUAAGCUAUGACUUCGUUUAAUUUAAGUGGGCUCGGAGAUCAGUUAAAAGAAGUUGCGCAGCAUUCUUCUUCUGGUACCGGUGUAUCCUUUGCGAACAAAUCACUGAAACUCGAUUCCGAAGAAGACGCGUUGGAAGUGGUUAAAGCGAUAAGAGAAUGUACCAAUUUGGAGUACUUGGAUUUGGAAGGAAAUACUUUAGGGCCACUUGCUGCCAAGGUUGUGGCAGAAGCAUUGGAAGAACAUGGUUCUGCAUUGAAACGUGCCCUGUGGAAAGAUAUGUUCACCGGUCGUUUAAAAACUGAAAUACCAAAAUCAAUAGAGUAUCUUGGAAAUGCUUUAUGCUCUGCUGGCACUCGGCUUGUCGAACUCGACUUAAGCGACAACGCUUUUGGCCCAAUUGGCGUGGAAGGAUUGGCCAAUUUCUUAACCUCCAGUUCUUGUUACACUCUUCGUGUAUUAAGAUUGAAUAACAAUGGACUUGGAAUAUCCGGUGGUCAGAUAUUGGCAAAAGCAUUAUCAAAUUGUUACGAUUAUAGUUUCAAAGCAGGUACACCUUUAGCUUUAAGGGUGUUUGUUGCGGGAAGAAAUAGACUGGAAAACGAGGGUGCGAUAGCAUUGGCAUCUGUUUUCCAGAAAUUAACUAGUUUAGAAGAAGUUGUUAUGCCCCAAAAUGGUAUAUAUUAUCAAGGCAUAACAGCACUUGCUAAUGGAUUGUCUGCCAACCCUGGAUUGAAAAUUUUAAAUCUUAAUGAUAAUACAAUCGGGCCUAAAGGAGCUCAAGCUCUCGCCAAUGCGUUACCAAAUUUCCGAGAUUUAGAACAACUGAAUCUUGGGGAUUGUCUUCUUAAAACGGGAGGUGGCAUGAUUUUGGCAGAAGCGUUAGGGAUAGAAGGUAAUCAUCCUUCGCUAGUGGAACUUAAUUUGAGUUACAAUGAAAUCCACACGAAAGCCGCCAAUUGCAUAGCUACCGCGAUGGCUGAUAAAAUGCACCUAGAACAGUUACUAUUAGAUGGAAACUUUUUCGGGAGCGAAGGUCGUGCCAUUUUGCAGAAAAUACUCACAGAUUCCGACAGGAUUGAUUCGUUGGGUACGUUAAGCGAUGACUUCGGAGAUGAGGAGGAUGAGGAAGAUGAAGAAGACGCAGAAGAUGAGGUGGAAGACAAGGUGGAGGAUACUGAAGGUGAAAUUAACGAAAAUGAAGAUGAAAUCGAAGAUAAUGACAAUGAAAACCCCGGCAGUAUUAUGCUGUCAAAAGUAACAGUUGAACAGUUCUUAAAAUCACCCACAGACGAAAAGUUAUUAUUACUACAAGGCGAUGUUGUACAAGAUUUUGUAGAUCAUGCUAAAAAUUUAUCAGAAGAUGCUGGCACAUCUUCGGAAGUGAAAUUCGUAGAAGAAUUGACAAAAAUAAUUAUGAAAGUGUCAGAAAAAUGUGACAGUGGUUACAUAGAUGUAAGAAUAAGAGCUCAAAACCUUACAGAUGGUUUAUAUUUGAAUUUAUGUACUUUUGUAACGGAAAAUGAUCAGACUUCAGUUUGGAAUAAUGCUCUUUUAGUCAAUUUAGGUUUAAUAAAAAGUGAAGAUAAACGCAAUAGAAACAUUACUUGGAAUUUGGUAGGCUGUUUUAAAGCGUUAGAAAAAGUUGUUCAAGAAGAUUAUUUCUUAACAGAAACACGGAACACGUUAAAAAUCUUCUUAGAAAAACCAGCAAAAAAUAACAGAACAAAAGUUAUAGAUUCGUGUCAGGAUUCGAAAAAUUCUCUUAAGGCUGUUUUAAAUCGGAUACAAAGUGCAUAAUAAAUAUUAAAAUGCGUGUGUGUAUAAUUGAUUUACAGAACGUCGCAUAAGAUACAUCUAUUUAUUUUUAGACAUUUUACGUGAAAUUGUUUGUAGUUUUAUACAACCUUAGAAAGAAUAGAAGAGAUUAUGCAGCAUGCUAUGUAUACAGACUAUUAAUUGUUAAACGUUUAGUGCUAAUUUUGUACUUCAUAACAAUUUCCAUAAAACUUUUUUAAAGCUAAAAGAUUUAAAUUAAUUACAAAUGUUCGAAAAAUAAAA